AUAAGCAAGAUGGCGACGCGAAGAAAUGGGAGGGCCCUCAACCAAGAUGGCGGCUUCGCCUUCCCCUUCAGCCAAGAUGGCAGAUAGCGAGAAGCGACGCCCGUCACCGGCAAUUGAGCCCACCCGCCCGGCCGUGUUGAUCAACUGUGCCUCGGAGGCUGAGGACGCCUUCCUGUUGCAGGCCGGCGUGAGCGACAUGGUCCGCGGCGCCCUCCUGAAAGUGCUGGAAGCGCGGCCGGAGGAGCCCGUCGAUUUCUUGGCCGGCUACUUCAACAGGCUGAUGCAGAGCAGCGCUGAAGCGACGGUGGACGGCGGAGACCCGCAGCGGCAGCUCCACUGGCGCCUAGACCGGGCUCUCUGGUACUUGCGCCUGGCACACCAUUCCCACAGUAGAAUAGCUUUCAACAACAACGUCAGCAUGGCGUACGAUUCCUUGAGCACUGGUGGGAGACGGAAGAGGCUCGGAGUCAAUGGAAAACUGUACAGUGAGUUGCUGAAGAUGACACUGCAAGGCAGGGGAGCCACUGAGGAGAUGGUUGCACCAUUACUGCACAAGAUUACGUGUCAAGACCAUGAGGCAGUGCCAUGCGAUGUCUUCCGCUACGGGGUACUCACUUGUCUAGUCCUCCUUGAGUUUUUGGCCAAGGCAAGCACUCUGUACGAUGCACUGGAUGGUGGAUCUGGCACGGCUGAUGAACGGGUAUGUUUGGCUGUCCUCAGCACUCUGGAGGAAGCUCUUCAUGCCAGUGAUGCCUCCAGUCCCAUCCGUUACUUGGAGGCUGGGUCCAAGCUUGGGCCAGACUGUUUAGCUUUGGCUAUGGAUAAGGCACUGGCUGAGAGGAAGGCCACUGUGGCCAUGAAGAAAGAGGAGUUCCUCAAGAAAGCAUCAGCCAUUUUUGUUGCCAAAGUGAAACCUGUUGGCUGAAUUCCAAACAGGAACAAAUGGCAGCUUGGCCAGGAACUGCUUUUAUCUGGGAGGGGGAGGCGGGGGCUCCUUUCUGUUUUCUGCGAUGGGACAGGCAGGAUGGAAAUGAGAAAGAGAUGUACGUGGCCUGUGGACUUGAACAGCUUGUAAACAAUAUCAAACUGCUAAAGCUCUCCAGACUGUGUCUUAUUCAGUAGAUUUUAUACUGAAAUGUUGAGCUUGCUGAAGGAUAUUGAGUUAAAUUUGGUUGCUUCUAUUGGGAACUCUUAUCACUGACUUUCAACACACAUGUACUCGUGUGAUGUUUUUUGCCUUUCACUGGAGAAAUAAACUCAUUAGGGUUAAAAGUCA